AGAUAUGAAACCUGUGGUUCUGACUGACACCAACUUAGUGGGUUCAGCUUUGAAAUGGAAUUGUCAUUACCUGCAGGAGACCCUGGGCAAUAAUCUUUGUACUGUUUAUUUGUCCAAAACACACAAGUUCAAAUAUUUUGAUGUCAAUCAGACCAAGAAAUGUGAUAAUGACUUUUCACCUCCAACUGAAAAGGUAUUGAUGAAGUUUCAAGAAUUUGCAAAACACCUAAAAAGUUGGGAAGAAGGAGAUAGAAGAUUAUACAUGCAACAGCUUCUCAAUGAAAAAAUCUUGAAUAGCUCACAAUUAGUCAAUGAUAUCCUCACAUUUAACUGGAGUUGGAUAAGAAGACAGCAAAAACAGAACAACUGGGGACCACUCACAGCUAAUCUUCUUAUGAUAUCAACUCAAGGUAAUGUCACCCCUGCACAUUUCGACAAUCAACAAAACGUUUUUGCCCAAAUAUAUGGGUAUAAAAGAUUCAUAUUGUUUCCUCCAGAAGAUUAUGACAAGCUUUAUCCUCACCCCGUAUGGCAUCCACAUGACAGACAAAGCCAGGUUGACUUUGAAAAUCCAGACUAUACAAAGUUUCCAAAAUUUCGUGAAAUCAAGGGGCAUGAAGCAGUGCUGGGCCCUGGUGAUGUUUUGUACCUACCACUGUACUGGUGGCACCAUGUAGAAUCUCUCUGCCAAACUCAGUAUACUACUUCAUUGACUUUUUGGUACAAGGCAGGACCCACUCAUGGCUCAUCAGUAACUACAAUGUAUCCACUAGAAGGCUAUCAGAAGAUGGCAAUUAUGAGGAAUGUGGAGAAAAUGCUGGUAGAAACACUAAAAGAUGUAAAUGAGGUUGGACCACUUCUUAGAGCAAUUCUUGAAGGGAGAUACACUUGAAACUUGCAGUUGAUUUCAGAAGAACGUUUUUCACAACUCAAAUCAUCAGGGCAUUUUUUAUUUUAUAGGGAAGGUUUUGUUAUUACAGUAAUUCUUUUAGUGUCAACAUAAAAUCCAGUUAUUUAGUGUGAGACUUGCAGAAUUAUAAUCUGAGUUAUUCCACCCUGACUUGUAUCAAUUGACAGUCUUAAAAACUACAGAAUUUCAUUGUUAAUGUAAUUGUUAUUAAUGUUGUGCGAGUUUAAUUUCUGCUUCUUUUUUCAAGUAUAUAUUUAAAAAUGCCUAAAUUUAAAAGUUACACUUUAGGUCAACAUAUUACUAUUUGAAAAAGUAUAAAGCAGUAACAAGAGCUGAAAGGCUUUAAUUUUAACUGAUGACAGAACUGGUUUAUUUUUUAAAUAAUUAUUCUUUAUAAUGUAGCAGUGUAAGAAUUUAAAAAUACAAAAUGUAUCAGAUUUUUCAAUGUAGGAGAAAAAUUACACUUUUUUAUAUUAUUUAACAAAUCGGAUAUUUUAAAAGGAGAAGAUUGAUAUUAAACAUGUUCCUUGUACCUCUUUGUGAUAAACAAGUAUUACUGAAUACAUUUAGCUACUUUAAGAAUUGAUUUUCAUUGCAUUUCCAUGUUACAACCAAGUAGCUAUUAUUUCCUUAAAACCUGUUUUUAAUAUACAGUAUUAUUGUUAGUGUUACUGAAUCUUUAAGUACACAAGUAAAUAUUUAGGGGAAAAAAAAAGAAACUGUGAUUCAAACUAAACCUUUGUAAAUAUUGCCUAAUAUAUGUGCUCAAGACCUAUAGGACCCAUUGGUUACUUGAAAAGUAAUAAUUUGAAGUCUUUACUUGUGUCUGAAAAAAAACAAGUCAUUGAUGCCUCAUGUUCCUAGGCUUGUUAAUGAUUAAUCCUGUUUAUGAUCAGUUUUUCACUCAGGAUACUCACUGUCUUUCAUUACCAUCAUUUCAUUUAUUAUUUUUAAACUAAUUUGCAUAUUUUAAUUUAAAUUGUGUGUUAACUUGACAAAACUUAUGGAAUUGAAAAUUAAGUUGCUAGAUUUUUAUUUUGUGUGUUUUAUGUUUACAUAGUUAAUUUGUCCCAAAAUGCAUCAUUAAUUGUGUUUUCAUUUUUGAUCUGCUACAUAAGACUUGACAUUUGAGUGAUUCACUAGGAAAGUUGAACUGUUAAUGAACACAUUAAAGGUUUGAUAGCUAGAUGUAUCAUAUUGCAUUGUUGAACAGGAGCAAGUAUGAGAUUAAAUAAUUGAGAGAAUUCAACCAUUAACUAUCUUUAUGGAUGAUACCAGCACCAGUGGUACGAGUCAUGGUUUUGUAUAGUCAGCUGAUUAUAUAUCAAGUUAUAUUAAGAUAUAUCAACUACCUGUGUAUCAUUGCUUCUGACUUGGAAUUGUGACAACACCUUAGGGAUGAGUCUUUUAAUUUCAUGUCUCCAAUAUCAUACCUUUCAGCUGACAUUUGGCUUUAUUUGAGGAAAGAGGAAGCAGUGAUCCUGAAUUGACAACUUUUAUCUUUUGAUAAUCAAAAUUGAAUUACUAUAAAGAGACACAUUUCUUCAGUUAAUGUGAAGAUAUAUUAUGUAUUUAUUUCAGAUUCUGUUAGAUUUUUUUUAUUUAAGUUUUCAUUCAUAUCGUCUUUUUUUUUUUAAUGACCAGGAAUACUUGUUAGCAUUGUGCAAUGUAAAUCAUUUUCUCUUGUGAAGUUGAAACUGUUUUUGGAAUAACUAACAUGUUUUUUGUUAUUAAAUAAAAAAAAA